AUGCAAUCGCACCCACUCCAACACCACGUAUCCCAACGUUUCAAGUACCGUCAACAAUUCGUGUUUGACCAUGAAGAGGACCUGUCCAUCACCCCCCAUGAAAAUCCCAUCUCGUUGCACUUUGGUUGCCCUCAUGAUGGGUUCUUCCCAGUCGAUUCCAUCUCUCUAAACGUCGUCAAUGAACCUUUCCAAACCUACAGGGAUCCCCAAUCGGAAAUGUGCCAAGUCACUAUCCCUAGAGCCAGGAGCCAUCCUGACCAGGUUGACAUUGCUGAAGCCUUUCAAUACGGUGGUGAUUAUGGGAUGGACCAAUUCCAGGCGGUCCUCAAGGAAAUUGUUUCCAAAAGCCAUCUUCCAGGGUUUAAUGACUGGGAUUUUGUGGUGUCCUUUGGCACUGGUGAUGCCGUUUACAAAGUAUUUGAUUUGUUUCUUGAUCCUAACGAUUCGGUACUUGUCGAACAAUACACUUUUGUCCCAACUCUUAGCAGCAUCACUUGCUUUGGCGCCAAUUUAGUGCCUCUAGAAAUGAAUUUCUAUGGAGAUGGUAUCGACCUCGAUUAUCUUACAAACCUUCUUGAGAACUGGGAAGCCCUUCAUCCAGAUAAAAAGUUCCCAAAAUGUUUGUAUACCAUUCCCUCUGGUCAAAAUCCAACUGGUACCACUCAAACCCUUGCUACCAGGGAAAAAAUUUAUGAACUCAGUUGCAAGUACGAUAUUAUUAUUAUUGAAGAUGAUCCAUACGGCUACCUUUCUCUCGCUCCAUACAAUGCGCCAAACCCAUUUGAUUCAACCCUUGACACCAGUACUUAUUUUGAAAAAUAUGUUCCUCAAAGCUACAUAGAAUUAGAUACUCAGGGUAGAGUGGUUCGUCUUGAGAGUUUCUCCAAGGUUUGUUCUCCUGGUCUUCGCUUAGGGAUGAUCAUUACCAACUCUAUGUUCAUUGAAAAAAUCAAGCUCUUCAUCGCCAUUUCAUCAAAACAGCCUUCCGGUGCUUCUGAAGCGAUUUUCUACUCUAUCUACAAACAUUUUGGUGGGUUCGAAGGCUGGUGCCGCUGGCUUAUCAAGUUGUCGCACGAAUACACCGCCAGAAAACAAGCGCUUAUGAGUCAAAUUUCAGCUUCUACUCUUUGCAAAUCAGGGAAGCUUCAUGUUUUGGAGCCAAGUCAUGGAAUGUUCCUUACUAUUGAGUUCAAGUUCAAAUCAGGGACCAAUGUUCCUAAGGCUCUCAAUGAAUUAGAAAAAAUCGGAUUAGAACAAGGCGUUUUGUUUGUCUUGGGAUCGAGAUUGAGUUUUGAGGAUGAAGGAAAGCAAAAGGCAAGCUUUGUUAGAUUGGCACUUAGCCCAGGCAAAGACAUAGAAGAAUUGUCAAUUGCCGGCAAAAGAUUUAUUGAUACUUGCCAAAUUUAUUUCGCAAGGCACGAAAAAGAUCAAUAG